GCCUCCACCCACCAGCGACUUGCUUCACAUCAACAAUGAGUGUCCUGGCUGGGCUCAGUGCAAUAACAGCCACUGUUUUGAGAAAUCUUCUGACAAUUUAGCCCGUUAUCAGUUAAACAGGCGAGCUUCCUACUGACCACCCGCAGCGGUGCAAGAAAAGAGAGGGAGAGACCACGCAGCUCGACAGGAAGCAUAAAGGUGAGCAGUGGGUGUCUUUGCGAUGGCCGGUGGAAGGAGAGGGACGAAUCGGACCACCUACUGCAGACCUCCGUUAAGCAGUGAUCCAGGCUCCGUCAGCAAUGGCAACCACACCACCAGCUCUCCAGUCACCGGGGUGCGAAACCGUGCAAGAAACGGUUCUGGGACCUGCAUGUCCAGCCCCCCGCUUGCCGCUCAGACUGUUGUUCCCCUCAAGCACUGCAAGAUCCCCGAGCUGUCCAUGGAUCGAAACGUGUUGUUUGAGCUUCACCUCUUCUUCUGCCACCUGAUCGCCCUGUUUGUCCACUAUGUCAACAUCUACAAGACUGUGUGGUGGUAUCCACCGUCACACCCUCCCUCACACACAUCUCUGAAUUUUCAUCUUAUUGAUUAUAACAUCCUGGUGUUCACAAUUAUCAUACUGGCAAGAAGGCUGAUUGCAGCAAUUGUUAAAGAGGCGUCACAGAGUGGGAAACUCUCCUUCCCCCACUCAAUAUUUUUAGUGAUGGCCCGGUUUGCAGUGCUAACGCUGACAGGCUGGAGUCUUUGUCGCGCCCUCAUUUAUCUGUUCAGAACCUACUCUGUCCUCAGCCUGCUUUUCCUUUGCUACCCAUUUGGAAUGUACAUCCCGUUCUUCCGGCUGAGUUGUGAUUUCCGUCGAGCGGGUUCUCUCUCGCCGAUAGCGAGCAUCGGCUCCAAAGAGGUCGGCAGCGUGAGCCGCGGCAGGGACUACUUCACCGUGCUGAAAGAGACGUGGAAGCAGCACACCAGCCAGCUGUACGGAGUCCAGGCCAUGCCCACCCACGCCUGCUGCCUGUCACCUGACCUCAUUCGAAAAGAGGUGGAGUAUCUGAAGAUGGACUUCAACUGGAGGAUGAAGGAAGUGCUGGUCAGCUCCAUGCUCAGCGCGUACUAUGUGGCGUUUGUACCCGUCUGGUUUGUAAAGAGCACUCAGUAUGUAGACAAGCGGUGGUCCUGUGAGCUCUUCAUACUGGUAUCGGUCAGCACGUCAGUCAUCCUCAUGAGACACUUGUUGCCGCCUCGAUAUUGUGACCUCCUUCACAAAGCUGCCGGCCACCUGGGCUGCUGGCAGAAAGUUGACCCCUCUCUCUGCUCCAAUGUCCUUCAGCACAUAUGGACUGAAGAGUAUAUGUGGCCACAGGGGGUCCUAGUGAAACAUAAUAAGAAUGUCUAUAAAGCCAUGGGUCACUAUAACGUUGCGGUCCCUUCAGAUGUUUCCCACUAUCGCUUCUAUUUUUUCUUCAACAAGCCUUUACGAAUAUUAAACAUACUCAUCAUCCUCGAAGGUGCCAUGAUUUUUUACCAGCUCUACUCGCUCAUUUGCUCGGAAAAGUGGCAUCAGACGAUAUCGCUGGCCCUGAUUCUCUUCAGCAACUACUACGCCUUCUUCAAGCUCCUCAGAGACAGAAUAGUCCUAGGAAAGGCGUACUCGUUCUCAAACAGCUCAUCGGACCAGAAAGUCAGCUAAAGCUCCAGUUGUCGUUGGUCACGCUUGCUUUGGAACAAGAUAAACAUGCCUAAGAGUUCUGUAUUUUUUCUACAAUCCAGAUUUGUGUCAGUUUUGUUCUGAACUGCCAUAAGAAAAAUAAAUAUUUUUGUAUUACUUUAAAAA